CGCGAGGCUGCGGCGCACGGAUCGAGGGAUUGAAGAAUAUCCCGAGUUCCCUUGGGGAAAGUCCUCCUGCGGAACGUCAUCCGGCACACAGAUGCUCACAAUAAGAUUCAGGAGGAAUCAGAUAUGUGGAAAAUAAGAGAGCUGGAGAAACAGAUGGAAGAUGCAUACCGGGGGACGAAAAGGAAAAUGUUACCCAGCAGUUCAAGCCGGAUGCGUAGUGAUGGUUUUGAUGAAGAAAGUCAAAGAGACUAUUGGAGGCCAAAGAGUGAAAUUUCUGGGGCACUGGAUGAUGAUUUUCUUAAGGCUAAAUCCUGGAACAAGAAGUUACAUGAUUAUGAAGCUAACAUGCCAGACAGAUGGGGUCACAGUGGAUAUAAAGAGUUAUACCCUGAAGAAUUUGAAACAGACAGUAGUGAUCAGCAAGAUAUUACCAAUGGGAAGAAAACAUCUCCCCAGGUAAAAUCAUCUACCCAUGAAUCUCACAAACACAAGAAGUCAAAGAAAUCCCACAAAAAAAAGCAGAAAAAAAGUCACACAAAAAAACAGAAGAAAAGCAAAAAGGAAGCCACAGAUAUAACAGCAGAUUCCUCAAGUGAGUUCUCAGAAGAAACUGGGGCUUCUAGUACCAGGAAAAGGAAACAACCACAUAAGCGCAAGAAAAAAUUCAGGAAAAAAUCUCUCAAGAAAUCUGCUUUAUUCUUAGAGGCAGAGUGUGACACUUCCCAGUCAGAUGAUUCUGCAUCCAGCAGUUCUGAGGAAAGUGAGGAAAGAGACACUAAGGAAACCAAAAGGAAAAAGAGAGAGAAAAAAGCCCACAUCCCUGUAGUUAACAAUGACGUACAGGAGAGGACAAACAAACGCACAAAUUGGAAAGUGGCUACAGAUGAAAGGUCUGCCGAGAGUUCAGAGGAUGACUAAAUGAGAAAGAAACAUGCUUCCUGCAUGACUCUGGAUAUUUACAGCUCUUACACCUUGGGGAUUUGCCAGUGACUCUAUUGCUCAGCACAGGGGGCCUGAGGUCAGAGCUGUCCUGUGCCAUCUAUAUACAUUCUGACAGACUUCUUGUCUUCUAUUUUGGCCUGUUAAACUUGAUCCUCUUAUUGUUAAUAGGGAAUCGGUUAUUUUGUUAUGAAGGUUUCUUGAAGAGA